AUGGGCGUGUUCUUCAAUUGGUUGUCUUGCCAGACACUGUCGAGAAUUUUUAAUGCAGGGAAGCGAAGUGGACAGACAGUGUCAGAUUUUUUUCUGUACUGACUCUUUUAUCAUUUUAAAAUGGAGCUCGACAAACCAAAGGACGACUGCGCGAAGUCGCCUUCCAAGCUUUCAAAUGGCUACGUCCUACCACAAGGAAAGCUGACACCGAACGCACUGUUUGUCGGUGGCAUUGACCUGAAGGUGGAUGAGAACGAAAUCAGGGACAUUUUUUCCAAGUUUGGUACCAUAACGGAGGUGAAAAUCAUCAGCUAUCGAGGAGGAAUCUGCAAAGGGUAUGGGUUUGUGUACUUCAACGAAGAGGUAGAAAUCCAGACAAUUAUUGAGCAACAGGUCAGUUUCAAAGGGAAGAAGCUGAAGCUGGGUCCUGCGAUCAUGAAGGAGAGGAACUCUCGUACUUACUCAAGCGCCAUGCCGAAUCUUCCCAAUGGACCAAACCACUGGGAAAACUCCAACCCCAACCACUGGGAAAACGCCAACCCCAACCACUGGGAACACCCCAACCCCUACGUGAUCUUUACCUACUAUCCACAUGUGGGAGGCGCGGUUCCCCAAGCCCAGCCAGGGACGGGUGGCAGUCACCCGUAUCCUCAGCAGCCGUACGCAUAUCCAAGGGCUCUAGGCGGAAUCAUGUACCCCCAGAUGCCCCCGACCUACGCUCAGAAUGGCUACUCCUUUCAGUACUCUGGCCCUGGCCCUGCCCCUAUCCCUGCCUGGGUCGGAGGAGACCAGCAUGGGCAGCCCAUGAAUCUGGUGAAUGCCCCUGUCCCUGCCUGGGUCGGAGGGGACCAGCAUGGGCAGCCCAUGAAUCCGGUGAAUGCCCCUGUCCCUGCCUGGGUCGGAGGGGACCAGCAUGGGCAGCCCAUGAAUCCGGCCUCUGUGGACUGUGGCGUCCAGACACUGCUGACUGUGCUGUAGUCCGCCGGCCCUCCCCCCUCUCCCCCUGUUCUCUCCCCUCCCAGUCAGGGUUGGGCGCAGUGAGCGCCAGCCAGCGGGAGGGCAGUAGAGGGACUGCUCUCCUGCCCAGCUGGAGGCGGCGCAGACGGCUCGUGGACCUCCCAUCCUCCCCCUCUCCUCCUGGGUGCCCUGGAAGGUUUCGGAGAGAGACACUUGAGUGCGGGCGUGCGCCGGCGGGCAAAGCCCUAUUCUGUAAAAAGAUCUUUGAAAAUAAAUCUGUUUAAAGCAAGACCCGAGAA